CUCUUGAAUGUUAUCAGGUUACGUGACUGGACACUACCGGAAGGUUACCAGGCAACGUCAGUAUGACCUAAUUAAUAUUCAUAAGCUGUACCCCGGCCAUAGUAGAAUUCCCGCUGUGGACGUGCAGAGAAACUGUUGCUCCAGUCCUCCAGCGUUCCCACCAUUCCGCCUUAUUUUCGCGUACAGAAGUGAAAGGUCGAUCGGUUUCUGAGUUUGGCUAUAUUAACUAAACAUAGAGAGUUUUUCAGAUCAUUCAAGUCAAGAAAAACAAUAAGUUUAUGAGGUGACAGUUGUUACAGGCGAACUUUAUAUACAUGUGAAGAAUUGCCAUCGACAAAUCGGUCUGAUUUGGCAGUAUUUACACCAAGGUUGUUCUUCUAAUUCCCGUUUUUCCUCCCGACGAAACCGUCUGAGCCGAGAUACGGUGCUUUCUUAUCUGCCAUUGAAAUGUUCGAGAAUCCAGCUUGAUUUCCCCGUGCUACCUCUUCCUACCCGCUGAGGUCUGUGAAGAUAAUCGAAGAUGUCGUCUAAGAUGCAAAGCUCUAAUAAUAUAGUGCAGGCCAAAAGGACUGUUCAACAGCUACGGGUAGAAGCUAACAUAGAGAGAAUAAAGGUGUCUAAAGCUUCUGCAGACCUCAUGCAUUACUGCAGUGAACAUGCCAAGUAUGACCCUCUUCUUAUGGGCAUCCCAGCUUCAGAAAACCCUUUUAAAGAUAGAAAGCCCUGCGCUAUAUUGUAGCGGGAUGCUUGAACUGUUGAUGUAUGUUUUGAUGUUCCCUUUUAUUUUAUUUUUUAAAUAGAAAGAAUAUGAUCUUCAAACAUUCAAUCACUAUUCGCCUUAAAAUGAGCUAAACCCCAAGCUAUUAUUUGAUUGUAUCCACACUAGAAAUGUUCCUGUUGUCUAUGAAUAGAAGAGUCAAAGCUCCUAGUAAACCAAUCAUUUGUGGUGCAAAGAAAAAACCAACCCAUGAAUGAUUUUUUUGCUUUAGGGCACAGCACAGAUGAGUUAUUUGCUUUGUGAUAGUGUCUACUGAUGUGGUUGUGUCUUCUGCAAAUAAAGGGUGAGGUCAGAGUGGGCAGCUCUCAGCCGUGCUGGUAUCAUGAAGCACAGGAAACGAUUAUUUUUAAUGACUGCGCUCUGUAAUAUAUAUCUGCAGAUAAGCAGAGCCUCAUCAGUGGUGCUUUGACCCCAUCUGAUGCUUUUAAAGGUGUCCAGUCACAGGGAGAUGUGGGGGGAUUGAUGUGAGGGCUAUAAUGUCAGCUUCACAAAUGUGUGAAGGGUGCUUGUGCUCAGUGGAGGAGGAAACAGGUGUCUUUGGAGGCGUCACAUUGACGUAAUGCUACUCCGGCCCUCCCUCAUUAACUCACUGUGUCUGAACAAUGGAGUGAUACAAAGCUAACCCCUCCUGUCAAAUCACUACACGCAAGACUGUGCCCUUUCCUUUUUCUCACAGUAUACCAAUUGAACUGUGUUCCAAAAGUUCAACAACUGCCAAAACCUGCAGAUCAGCAUUUUAAGAGUAAUACAAGGUCAUGUGUUCAUGCAUUUGUACGGAAGUAUUUUUUAUCUCCCACUUUUUUCUUCUUCUUUUAGUUAGUCAAACAAAAAUUGGGAAACACUUUACAAUAAGGUUCAGUUCGUUAAAAUUAAUGUAUUAGGAAUCAUGAACUAGCAAUGAUAAGCAAUUUUUAACAGCAUUUAUUACUGUAAGUUAAUGUUAAUUUAUAAAUAUACUGUACUUAUAUCAGCUAAAACAACUUGAAAUGUUAAAAAUGUAGUAUGCACUACUGUUCGCAAGACUGGGCUCAAUAAGAUUUGUUAAGCAACAACACAUUAAAUUAAAUCAAAAUUGAUAGUAAAUACGUUAAUGGUGAUAUGAAAAAAUGCAAAUAAAAAUAUCAAAGCUUAGAAAAUUAUUUUAAGCAGAUGAUAAUUAGAAGAAAUGUUUCUUGAAUGGUAGUGUAUGUAGAAAUGAACAUUAACCUAUUAACUAACUAAUAUAGGCUGUACUGUAAAUCAGUACAAUCAAUUCAUAGUUAGUUCAUGAUACUUUUAAAUGUAAAAUUUUAUCUUAUUGCAAAGUGUUACCAAAAUGUGUUUUCUUCAUUCUUUAAAUGCCUACUUUCAGUAAAUGGGAUGAGAUUUCACCUACUCAGAACCUCUGAAUUUGCUUUAGAAUACUGUGUCUUGUGUUAUUGCCCUGUGUUUGUUAGAUACAGUAGCAAUAUUUUAUUGCAGAUCAUGGUACGUAAUAUAUUAUAACCCUUUAAUGAUUAUUUACGAGAUGCCUUAUGUUAAUGUACACUUUUCUUCUGAUUGUUUUGAUUCAUAAUCAUUGUCUCUUUUUUUAUGACAAAAUGUCAAUGUCAUUGUGCCAUCUCAUUCUGGGAUCUAACCAGCAAUAGAAACUUACGUAGGGUUUCAUAUGAUUUUUCUGUACCCAUACACUGACUGAGCACAUGAUGAUUUCUCUGUUUGGAGUUAUUUGUGUGACUGUUAUAACCAUUAUAAUGCAUUUUGACAUCAUUCCAUGUUUACAACUCCUGUACCUUUUUUGUAACACUCUUGUGAAUUGCCAUGCAUUUAAUGAAAGUGAGUGUGCAUUGCCUUCAUGACACAGCUGGCAGAAAACAACUUCACCAGACCAGCUGAACCAGCCUUAAUGAAGUAUUCCUGCUCUGACUCGUUCACUACUACACGACUACUGGUUAAACUACUGUGAACCUGCGGCGCUGCUGUCCCACAGACAUCUUCACUGUGUGUCUUCAUGAUUACACAUCUGUCUCAUGGCUCAGGCUGGAUAUAUCUUUGCCUGUGCAACAUGCAACUGAACUUGUACAUGCAUCAAGAUUUUGCUAAACCAGUCUUAAUCUUAUUUGAACAACAAUAUGCUUUGAAUGGCAAUUUCAGCCUUGCUUUCUUGUUGAGUGAUGUGACAUUUUUGUAAUGUUUCCCAAUCUCAAUGGCCUAUUGUUAAUUGGACUGUUGUGUUUUUCUUGAUGCUGUGGUCAUUUCUGAAGUGAAAAUUUGACAUGCACAAGCUCUUCAGUCUGCCUUCUUCUCCAUCUCUUUUUAACUUUAAAAAAUAUUUUAAUAUGAAGAGCAUUCGGUGUCACCAUAUUUGAAUGAAUUUUUCAACUUACUUUCUUUGUGCUGAAAUUCUAGAUCUGGGUCACAAUAUACUGGGUUGUAGAUGUUGUCUUCUUCCAACUAAAUAUAGAUUUAUUCUCAA